AUGAUGAGAAAUAGUCACAAAUGGACUGAGACCGAAGACCAAAUAUUGAAAGCAGCAGUGGAUCAAGGCAAGUUGAUUGAGCCCUUCAAAUUCUUGGUCCUGACCACGACGCCGAUCGACUGGCUCUGGAUAGCAAGCUACCUCCCCAAACGAGACAAUAAGGACUGUCGCAAACGUUGGCACCAGCGAUUUGCAGGAAGUACCAAUUUCGGGAGCUGGAUGGAUAUUGAGGAUGAUCAGCUGCGCGCUGCAGUUGCAAAGCAUGGCCCAAAGUGGGGUGUUGUUUCUAAAGAAGUCAGCACACGAACCAGCGAUCAGUGCUCUAAGCGUUGGAAACAAGUUCUAGAUCCAAAUCUUGAUCAUAGCCCUUGGAGUCCUGCAGAAGACAAUUGCCUACUCAUUGGCGUUGAGCAGCACGGACGAAAUUGGAAGAUGUUAUCUGAGAUGCAUUUCAAGAAUCGGGCCGCAUUAUCAUUGAAGAAUAGACAUGCACUCCUCGUCCGUCGAAAAAAUAGGCUAAAUGGAUUACCUCGGGUCUUGUCAGCAUUCCAAUCUAGAUCUCGCUCCCACUCGCCUAAUUUCAUCGCAACGGCCGGAUAUCGAAACAGUCGACAGCUUAGCAGUUUUGAAACUUCUAGCGAUGCCGAUAUGAUAUUCGAAGAGGAAAUUCAAGAUGAAAGGAUUGCUAGUGUAUUCGAUGGUAAUGGCCUAUCCGCCAAGGCGGCUCAAUAUGGCUGGAAAGGCCUCGAGGUGGCAAACUCAAAUGCCAUGUUAGAAACAGAGAAUUGUUGGCCCACAGAUGCAAGAACUUCCUCGUCUUCUUCAUUGUUUCAGGGGGGAGUACUCGAUGGUGAUUUAGGGAUUGGCAAUUUGUUUGAAGAGUCAUACUGGGAGCCCCAGAGUAUUAGGCUGUUGCCCAAGUGCACUUUGCCUGAAGAACUUCAGGAUACCUCCGAAGGCCUACUGGGCUCCAUGUCUCCAUUCGACAGCAUUCCACGGUAUCCAUAUGCCUCAAUAGACUCAGAAGAAAUAAGCCCAGACACAAGUGUCGCCAUCUGCAGUCAACUCAGCAAUAGCCCUGGCGAUUUUCCCAUGACAGCAGCAUCAGGAUCUGACAAUAAGCAAUUGGCAAAUCCGACGGCGCGUUAUCCUGCGAAGGACUGGACCAAUCUACUUGACCUGACUCUCCGCUGCACAAAAAGCAAAAUGGAGGCGAUCAGGAAAUCGGUUUUUGAGGCCGCAAAUGACGCGCUCUGUAUUGAAGAAAACGAUGAAGAUGUAGUUGAGUUGAGGCUGAGAGCAGAGUUGAGAUCCUAG